ACCUGGGCCUGGAUCAGUUCAUAGUGAAACGCUAUGAUGGGAAGUCUAAUAACACCAUAGAAGCGGUUUGCACUGUUGAAAAUGAAGAAAUAGAGGUUCUUGUUUGCUUUGUCUUUCUGCUUAAAGACACCUUGGGACUGGCUAAAUCUGACUGUGGCUAUAAAGAUAGUGGUAAUGUCCAGAAGUUAUCCCAGGAGCGAGAGAAGUUUGCUGAUGAGGACAGCAUAUUUUAUGCACUUGGAGAAUGUGGACUCAUUUCUUUUUCUGACUACAUCUUCCUCACAACCGUCCUUUCCACUCCCCAGAGGAAUUUUGAAAUUGCCUUUAAGAUGUUCGAUCUGAAUGGUGAUGGCGAGGUGGACAUGGAAGAGUUUGAGCAGGUCCAGAGCAUCAUUCGUUCCCAAACCAGCAUGGGCAUGCGCCACAGAGACCGGUCUACAACGGGGAAUACCCUGAAAACUGGCUUCAACUCUGCACUGACAACAUACUUCUUUGGGGCAGAUCUGAAGGGGAAGUUGACCAUCUCCCACUUCCUCGACUUCCAGCGUAAACUGCAGCACGAUAUUCUGAAGCUUGAGUUUGAGCGGCACGACCCAGUGGAGGGGCGGAUCACAGAACGGCAGUUUGGCAGCAUGCUGCUGGCCUACAGUGGGGUGCAGUCCAAGAAGCUCACCGUCAUGCUGAAGCAGCUCAAGAAGCACUUCCAAGAUGGAGAG